AACUCAGUCUAUCGGAUGGUCAAGACAAAUAAAUCUGGGUGCAAGGUAGCGAUUUCAGCACAGAAAGGGUCUGAGGUUACUAACACAACCCCCCAGCGGGGACAAGGAUACAUUGUUGCCUCGAGCUCACGAACUGCUGCAGCCCCACUAAGUCCUUCGCCCCAUCAAAGAUCAGAAGCUGGGCAUCACCCUUCUUUCCAUUCACCAUCAGACUAUUCUCGUAUCUCCCCCCAGUUGGGGCCCACUGGAACACCCAUCCCUCGAGGAAGUGAGACUCAAUCAAAACCAGAAUCAUACCGCCAUCCCUCUAUUCCUCGAAAGAUCCAGCAAAGCCAAACACCAGCUUCCUAUGCUGUCCAGAUGCAACGGAAUGUUAGCCCACCGAGAGAGGAAUCAACACGAAGAGACGGUGAGACCAAGCCAGGGCGUGAUAUCAGUAAUCGCUACUCAUUAAUCCCUGAUGCCAAAUCCUCUCGCCGAUUGAGUUUUGUGGACCAGAAGGAUAACUUACAAAUCUUGCAAGAAGACCCACCCUCCAAGGUCCAGUACCCACAAGGGGUCAGAGUUCCCCGUAGGACUUUGGUUUGCCCAAAGGAUGAAGCAGUCCAAACUGAACCCAUCCAAAAGAGUUUGGCUGCUACUGAGAUCAGAUCUACAAAGAGACCCUCUAGCCCAGAACAUAGAAGUAGCCGAGUCAAUGCAGACUCUCGGACAGCCCAGAGAAAGAUCUCUGGCCAAGAGUAUGAAAUGAGUUGUCCCAACCCAAUUUAUACAGAACCCAAGGCUUUGCAUAAGGAUAUGAACUUGGAAUCAUCCCUCAAACUCUCUAUCCUAAAGGUUUUGGAUGGUGGACACCGAGUUUCUAGGUCCUCAACCAAAGGAGAUGGUGAGGUCAGCCGCAGGGUCACCAUCUCCUCAGGGCCACGGUUAUACUCUGCUCCACGUGUGACAUCUCGAUCAUUGUCUGAGAGUCCCUUCAAAUCUAUGUUUGUCACUCCAGAGCCCAGCUAUAAGCCGCACACCCAAAGGCCCUCAGAAAGUGCCUGUAUGUCCCGAGGACCUGCACACAAGUAUCCAGAACUCUCCCCAAAGCCAUCGGUCCAUGCAGAACUGGAACUGACCCCUCGGCCCUUACCCCCUCGGUCCUUACCUAGGUAUGGGCCUGACUCCUCAUGGUGGGCCUUACUCAAUCCUGAAGUUGAAACAUCUCAAAGUCGGCCGACAACACCUGAGUUUGAGUCUAAGUCCUCUCUUCUUCUAGACCCUUUAUUGUCCUUUAUUGAAAUGGACUCAAGUCCUUUAUGUGAGGAAAUGAUGUUCCAGAGAGAGAAGGCAAGUCCAUCACCACCACCAGCACCAGCAACACCACCACCAUUAUCACCACCAAGGGAGUCUCCAAACCAGGCACCAUUGAGGGAAAUGCCACAAGCCCUCAAGCAGCCCUCCAAACAACCCAUUCAAAGGUUUAGUGCUUUCUUCUUGGAUGUUUCUGAGGAGAUGUAUAACCGUGUCAUCUGGUGGCUAAAAGAUGAGGAGAUCAAGCGCUUCCUGGAGGACACGGAUGAUGCAGAACUGAACAAGUUCGUGAAGGAUUUCCCAGGAAGCGAGAGCUGCCACCAACCAGAGGCCAAGACCUGGGUGUCCAGGCCCCAAGUCCUGGAGCCAAAGCCCCAGGCCCCGGACCUCUAUCAGGAUGACCUGGAGUUCAGACCCCCCUCGUGCCCCCAGCCCUCUGAGAGCCAGCAGUACUUCUCUGCCUCAGCCCCUCUCAGUCCCUCAGCCCGUCCCCGCAGCCCAUGGGGCAAGCUUGAUCCCUAUGACUCCUCUGAGGAUGACAAGGAGUAUGUGGGCUUUGCGACCCUCCCCAAUCAAGUUCACCGAAAGUCUGUGAAGAAAGGCUUUGACUUUACCCUCAUGGUGGCAGGAGAGUCUGGCCUGGGGAAAUCCACUCUUGUCAAUAGUCUCUUCCUCACUGAUCUGUACCGUGACCGGAAACUCCUCAGUGCUGAAGAGCGGAUCAUGCAAACUGUGGAGAUCACUAAACAUGCAGUUGACAUAGAAGAGAAGGGUGUGAGGCUGCGGCUCACCAUUGUGGACACACCAGGUUUUGGCGAUGCAGUCAACAACACAGAGUGCUGGAAGCCUGUGGCAGAAUACAUCGAUCAGCAGUUUGAGCAGUAUUUCCGAGAUGAGAGUGGCCUGAACCGCAAGAAUAUUCAAGACAACAGGGUGCACUGCUGCCUGUACUUCAUCUCACCCUUUGGCCACGGGCUCCGGCCAUUGGAUGUUGAAUUCAUGAAGGCCCUGCAUCAGCGAGUCAACAUCGUGCCUAUCUUGGCUAAGGCGGACACACUGACCCCUCCUGAAGUGGAGCGCAAGAAACGCAAAAUCCGAGAGGAGAUAGAGCGCUUUGGAAUCAAGGUCUAUCAGUUCCCAGACUGUGACUCUGAUGAGGAUGAGGACUUCAAAUUACAGGACCAAGCCCUCAAGGAAAGCAUCCCAUUUGCUGUAAUUGGCAGCAACACUGUGGUAGAGGCCAGAGGGCGGCGAGUUCGGGGCCGUCUCUACCCCUGGGGCAUCGUGGAAGUGGAAAACCCAGGACACUGCGACUUUGUGAAGCUGAGGACAAUGCUGGUGCGUACUCACAUGCAGGACCUGAAGGAUGUGACACGGGAGACACAUUAUGAGAACUACCGGGCACAGUGCAUCCAGAGCAUGACCCGCCUGGUAGUAAAAGAAAGGAAUCGCAACAAACUGACUCGGGAGAGUGGUACUGACUUCCCCAUCCCUGCUGUCCCAUCAGGGACAGAUCCAGAAACUGAGAGGCUGAUCCGAGAGAAAGAUGAGGAGCUGCGGCGGAUGCAGGAGAUGCUGCACAAAAUCCAAAGACAGAUGAAGGAGACCCAUUAGCUGGCUUUCAAUCCUGGAUAUUUAAAUCUCCUCUUCAUCCUGCCCAUGCCGGCCCUUCCCAGCACCAGCUCUGCUCAGGCCCCUGCAGCUACUGCCACUUCGCCUUACAUCCCUGCUGCCUCCCCAGAGACUCAGAGGAAAUAAACUUUAACAAAUCUAUAGCUGCCA